AUGAGGCUGAAUGGCGUGCGGGUGCUGAAGCGUCAGGCGCCCGGCUGCGCCUCGUGCUGGGAGGGCCUCCGCUCGUGGCCGUCGGGCCCGCCGCGGAGCUCUCCCGCGGCGCUGCCGGCGGGCUCCGUCGUGGGCCGGCGGGCGCCGCCGGCGCGCGGGGCGUUCCAGGCGCUGCGCCCGCUGGGCCCGAGCGCGGGCCUCUGCAUCGUCGGCGCCAGGGAUCUGCCCCCCGGGGGCGCGGGCGCCGAGGUCUUCUGCAGGUGCAGGAUCCGGGGUCAGAAGGUCGACGCCGCCGAGACCGCCCGGAGGCGAGACCCGUGCCCAGUGUGGGAGUCCGGCCACGGGCUGUGCUUCGACGCCGUCAGGGGGCGCAAGCUCGACUUCGAGGUGUACAGCUCGCAGGCCCAUCCCAGGGACGGAAAGGUCAGCUUCCUCGGAAAGGCCACGCUGUCGGUUGGGCAGGAUUGGCUCGGCACUGCGGAGAGCUUCGAGGUCGAUCUGCCACUGAGCCGCUACCUCUGCGGCGCCGGCUCGCUGAAGGUGAGGCUGUUCGGCGUGAGGCCCGUGGGCGUCGACGCGAUCCGGGAGACGGUGAAGGCGACCACGUUCGAGGACCUGGACGCCAACGGCGACGGGAGGAUCACCCGGGAGGAAUUCGCGGACGCGUACCAGAAGGGCAGGGUGAAGUUCGGCAAGGACGGCAACCUCGUGUCGCCGGCUGGCUCGCCACGCUCGCCGCAGCCGUUCCCCGGGGAUGCCGCCGGCUCCGUCUACGGGGGGGGGUCCCUCUACGGGGGCUCCACGACUGCGUCGACGGUGGCCUCCUUCCCGCCCAGGCUGGCUGGGCUGGAGCGUGGCGGGGCAGCUCCGCUCGGCGGCCCGGCGGAUCCGGCUCGCCAGAGGAGCGGCAGCCCGCUGCAGCGGAGGCCCCCGCCGCUGCUGCUGGCCACGCCUUGA